GGGAGGAGGGUCCGCGCUGUAAUGUCGGUGGGGUGGGCGCACGGGGACUUUGCUGCCUUGCCGUCCGUCGUCCUAGUCGAAAUUAACGAAUAUCUCUCGUUCAGGGACAAAUUGAAGGCUUCCUCUACGUGUCGAGCUUGGUGGGACUGCCUUUUCCACCCGAGAUUUUGGACGACGCUAACGAUCCGCUUUAGCCGCAAGCGAAACGCCUGGCGCCAAGCUGAGUUUCUGGCCAAGAAAUGCGGCCGCUUUGUACGUCAUUUCACCCUGGAGUUCGACUGCAUGAGCCCGCAGAUAGUGCAGCAGUGCAUCGCGAUCCUCGCUUUGCUCGGAGAAAACCGCCAACUUGCGUCGCUGAGUCUCCAUCCGACUGCCUGCGUUGUUGCCUGGCCAUAUCGUCUCUACGAUGCCUCCAAAUGUUCAGGCAAUGAAAGCGAAACCAUCGCUGUCUACGACAGGUUCCUCGAGGUAAUCGGGCAAGUCAUCUGUACGUCUUGUCAUUUGGAAUACUUCUCUCUCGGGUGCCUCGAGGACCAAUUCCACCAUUCGGACAGUUUUCUGACGCUACUCAGCUUGCACCAGCGGCGUUCUCUUUCGCAACUACACCUCGCAAAUGUGAAAGAAGACCCCGACCACUACCCCAUCCCCGAAAUCCAUUUCUGGCACUUACAGCAUUUCGAAUGCCUGUCAACCCUGAGCAUCGACUACGAUUAUGUCUGCGACCAGUUGCUUCUGCUCCUGAGUGAACGAAGCGUGCUGUUGAAGCUGGUGCUGCACGUUCACGGCCUUGACGACCAGCAGACGGUUUGCGAAGGAUCGUGGCUUGAAUUGAGUAGGCGGUGCCCAAAGCUUCGCGUAACGAUCACCCUUCUGCACACCUGCGAGCCAUGGAGUGCCAUCAAGGGCCUUCUCAAUGCUGCCAUACCAUUGGCCAGGUUUCAGUCUCACUUCAGUGAUGGAUUUCGAAGUGAUGUCUUCGAUUUGCUCUCUGCGCAGUAUGCUGAAACGUUGGAAGCAGUGGCUGUUGUAAGUGCACUCUCAGGUACUGAAGGUAUUUCUCAAAGAACCUUUGCUGUGCGAGCUGAAAGUCCAGUGGUCAUGCUAGCAUGGCGUUGCCAUCGACUGGGAAGCCUUAAGUUGGUCGGGCAUGAGAUAGCAGACUUUGACCUCAUCGCCGUGGCACGGUUGUGGGGGCCACAGCUGAAGGAGUUGGUCAUUCCAGCUGACUGCGUCUCGGGCAGCAGCAACGGAGGGCCGUACUACAGCGACCUUCGCCUCACUGACGUCAAACACCUCGAAACAGAAGUCUCCUUGAGCUUGCAGAGGACGACCCAUUACUGCGUGAUUGAGCCGGUCCAGUCGUCCACGGACAAGCGCCGUCUUGGUCGUGAGACGGUCCACGUCAGCCGCCUCAAGCCCUGCUACGACCCUCCUGUCCUCUCGUCAACUUGA